CCCCCCCUCUCUCUCUCUCUCUCUCUUUCCGGCCGGCCGUCCUUCACCGGUGCCGUCUCCACCGGCCCGCAUCUCUCUCUCUCUCUCUCGUUCGUUCUUCACCGGCAGAAUGGAGCAAUAUGACCUGCAUGGACAGAGACGGGAUAUGAAGCACAAAGGAAGGAACGUAGUAUGGUCAAUUGCAAUGGACAAGUGCCUUAUUGAAUCCCUUGCUAUUCAGGCUAAAAACGGCAACAAAAUUGACAAAUGUUUUAAUGAAAAUGCUUACACUGCUGCUUGUAUUGCCGUGAACUCUCAUUUUAACUUAAACUUGAAUAAUCAAAAAGUUGUUAAUCGACUUAAGACAAUUAAGAAGAGGUAUAAGAUAAUAAAGGAUAUGCUAAGUCAAGACGGAUUCAGGUGGAAUCCUAACGCAAAGAUGAUUGAGUGUGACAACGAUGAUCUUUGGAAGAGAUACAUUGCAGCACACCCUGAUGCAAGAGGAUUUCGAAGCAAACAGAUAGAGAUGUAUGAUGAACUAAAAAUUGUUUGUGGAAAUUAUCAAGCCCCUAGUCGUUGGGCUAAGAUGAAGGAUGGAGGCCAUCCAACAGAUUCAAGGAAUUGUGAUGAUGACUCUGCUUCAUAUCUUUCCCCAAGUUCAGAAGACCAAAGCGAGACAGAUGGAACAGAGUCGUAUUCGGGAACACCAGAGUAUGCACAGAUGCCAGAUGGUACUCAAGAUCCUCCCCUGAUACCGCCUCUCAGUCAGCUCCCUAAACAGCCUCGUGGGUCAGAGGCUCUCCAGGAUGCAAUGUUGGCAGUAGCAUCAAGCAUUCGGCGCUUGGCUGAUGCGAUGGAGCGAAGCAAAUGCUCGAUUGAUGCCCAUGAGCUACUAGAGGCUGUAAUGGAGAUUGAUGGCUUGGAAGAGGCCAAACAGAUGUAUGCUUUUGAGUAUUUGAAUGCUGACCCUGUCAAAGCCAGAGCCUUCUUGACAUACAAUGCUCGAAUGAGGAAGAUAUAUUUGUUUCGACAGUUCUGGUGGUGGAAGUGAAUGCAGGCAGGGCCUUGUCUCACGGCUUUUUCGGGUAUAUAGUUUUGAUAUUGUGGGUGUUUUCUGGAUAUUUGCACAUUAUUUGAGCCAUCCUUGUUUGGUGUUUUGUUAGGUGAAUGUAUAGAUAUUAGAUAUUCACAGGGUGAAUAUAACUGGCUUGAAGCUUGGAUUGUAAAGACAUUUUCUGGCUUCCUUGAUGCCUCUUUUGGAAGUGAAGCGAGCAGUAGGUUUAAGAA